AUGGAGAUGGAAUCCUUUAAUGACUGUCCUCAGAACCCAACUUACACCAUAAGUGACCUCACACCUGGAGCAGUCUACAGUCUUACAGUGGCAGCACAGAGUGGGGGCAGGCCUAGUGCAGCCAGCACACCAGUUAUGGAGCAAACAGAGCCUGUGCCCCCAACCAACGUGACCUUUGACCUUGUGAACGUGACCUCGCUGGUGGUGAUGUGGGGGUCAGCAGCAGGGGUGCAUGAUGGGUAUAACCUCACCUGUACAUCAUGUGAGGGAGUGCAGGCACGGCCCCUCUCCCUGUCCGACAAUCAUACCAGGCACCAGUAUGAUGGGCUGAUAAGAGGAGAAAUGUACAACUUCACUAUCAUCACUGUCAGUGGGCCCAAGUACAGUCAACCUACGGAGAUCAUCCAGUUUAUAGACCCUGCCCCAGUGGAGACCAUCACAGAACUGUCUGUGUACUCCAGGAAUGUUAGCCUGGCAUGGCAGCCACCUGAGGGCGUCUACUCACACUUCAUUGUCAAAGUCACAUCUGACAGUGGAGAGAGCAUGAUGGUGAAAUCCAACAGUCUGAAUGUGACCCUGGUUGACCUGACUCCUGGCACCCUGUACAACUUUACUGUGUACACUGUGAGUGGGAACAAGGAGAGUGUGGGGACAGGGUAUGGACCUGUCCCAACUCUGGAAGAACCUCCUGGUCCAGUAUCAAACCUCACUCUCGUUGCCACAAGCUCGACCACACUUCAGGUGUCCUGGCAACCCCCAGAAGAGCCCAACGGAGUCCUGACCAGCUACACCUUACGAGUGAGAAACAGUGCAGACAUGGAGUGGAACAACAACUGCUGGUCUACCUAUGGACACCUCUACAGCACUACCGGAUUCAACCAACCAAGCUACUGUCACAGUAACAGUCGCAAACACAGCUUCAGUCGCACCAGGCACAACAAAUGGGAUGACGCCAACAGACACUCCUACUACAUCAGCCCUUCCAAGCACAAUGGACGUAACAACUUCUACAAAUGCCCCACAAGAGACAACUCCUGGACCUGCCAACAUACCAAGUACCUCUCCCAUGGCUAUGUAGUGGAGGUGUUCGCAGCUACAGCACCUGGAGUUGGGGACAAAGAGAGCAGCACUGAGAGCACACUGCAAGACCGACCUUGUGACGCUCCAACAGACCUUGUUGUCUCCAACACCUCCUCAACUUCACCUGACCCAAACACCAAGUCUGUCAACAUAACCUGGACCCCCCCAACACAGCCCAACGGAGAUGUCAUGUACACAGUCUACAUCACUGACUCCAACAACAUCACUACAACCAUCAAUACAACUACAGCUACAGCGCAUUAUGUAGUGGAUGACUUGGACAGUUUUAGCUCCUACACGGUCGCAGUUUCAGCCUACACAGUAGUCGGUUACGGACCAGAGUCAGAAGAAGUCAUGUUUGUGACUGAGGAAGGAGUGCCAUCCACUAGCAUCACAGGCCUACAAGCAAACCUGAGUGCUACUGCAGCAGUCCUGAAGUGGACACCCCCCUCAGAUCCAAAUGGAAUCAUCCAGGUGUAUGAGGUUCACUACAAUGACACAGUGGACGGCAACUAUACCAUUGUCAACACUACAGGUCCUGAGCCGUCCAUAGUUCUGGAGGGUCUGGAGGAGUAUUGGGAGUACAUGGUGUGGAUAUACACGUACACAAGGAUGGGCAGAGGCAGCGUCUACAGUACCCCAUACACCCUCCAGACAGAAGAAGCAGUCCCAGGGCCACCUCCAAUCUCAAGCACAAUAGCAACCAGCAGAAGCAUUGCUGUGCAGUGGGGACCUCCGUCCAAGUACCAACAAAAUGGCAUCCUCCAGGGCUACUAUCUCUCCUACAACACGACAACAUCUGGACCAAAUAUUCUAUCAUUCAGCAGCUCAGUAGAAUCCUACACCAUCCCUGACCUGACGCCCUACAUGAACUAUACCCUGUGUCUGUGGGCCUGGAACAGUGCAGGCAAUGGGAGCAGGAGCUGUGUGACAGACGAGACACAACAAGAUGUUCCCAGUGCUCCACAAAACCUGGCUAUCAACGAGGUCCACCCCCGCAGUAUCACCCUGAAAUGGGACAGUCCAGCCGAGACCAAUGGAAUCAUACUGGGCUAUACCAUUAUGUACACCAUGGAAGGGGCGUCAGACUCACAAGAAAUCGAAACCACCGAAACAACAGGACAGAUAUCAGACCUGACAGCUCACACUGGAUAUAACAUCCAGGUAGCAGCAAGGACUGUGAUAGGACAAGGGGCCAAAUCUGAGCCUCUGGAAGCUACAACAUCAAUUGCAAUACCCGGUAAACCACAAAAUGUUAGAGGCACGGCUGUGAACCAGUCUGCUAUAUACGUGGAGUGGGAGGAACCCCAGCCUUAUCCCGGGCCCACAACCUAUGCAGUCCUGGUGUAUGAUGCUGUAGAUGAUACACAGCGUGGCACUUUUCAGCAAUUUUUAACUACUCUACAGGCUGGAGGUAUGACAUCUUUGACUGUCUUGGGGCUGAAGGCCUACAACAGCUACUACUUUGUGAUUAUGGCUAUGACAGAUGCAGGAAACACCAGUUCAGACCCGUCUGCACAGGUCACCACAUACCCCGGAGCGCCAGUUGUGGACCAAAAUGUAAAACCACAGGAUGGUUCAGACUCAACCACAACGACCUUGACUGUGACCUUCACCAGUUCCAUGUUCUCAGAGGAAAAUGGACCCGUGGCGACCUACACCGUCUUUGUGGCAGAGGACACAGAAAACCUGAUGGACAACCCGAGUUCUGGACAUGAAAACGACACAGAUGUCUUGACAUGGUAUGACGUACGAAACAGAGACCCUGUGCCACCCUACCAAGUCACGGAGAAGCAACAGUACCCAUUCUCCCGCGGCUCUCGCUCCAAGCGUCAGGCCAGUCAAUCACGGGAGUUCGUUAUAGGGGAGGAAACGGACUGUGAGUUGAACAGAGAAGAUUUUUGCAACGGACCACUGAAACCAGGCACAACUUACAGGUAG